CUUGUUCCCUGUUCACGGUGACCCCCGUGCCGAUCCCGCUGUCGCAUCUCCCGCGUAGCCACCAUCGUCACGCCCCUCCUCCACCAUGACCUUCGACAAUGUUCCCGAGUCCAUCUCCUUCCCCAAGUCCGAGGAGGAGAUCCUGGCCUUCUGGAAGCAGAUCGAUGCCUUCCAGCAGUCCCUGCGCCUGAGUGAGGGUCGCCCGCGCUAUUCCUUCUACGAUGGCCCUCCCUUUGCCACUGGCCUGCCUCACUAUGGCCAUAUCCUGGCCGGCACCAUCAAGGAUGUGGUCACUCGCUUCUGGGCCCUGCGCGGCUACUAUGUCGAGCGCCGCUUCGGCUGGGAUUGCCACGGUCUGCCGGUGGAGUUUGAGAUCGACAAGAAGCUCGGCAUCAAGUCCCCCGAUGACGUCCUCAAGAUGGGCAUUGCCAACUACAAUGCCGAGUGCCGGUCCAUUGUCAUGCGCUACUCCACCGAGUGGGAGGUGACUGUCACCCGUACCGGGCGCUGGAUUGACUUCAAGAAUGACUACAAGACUCUGAACCCGGAGUUCAUGGAGUCCGUCUGGUGGGUGUUCCGCCAGCUGUUCGACAAGAACCUGGUCUACCGCGGCUUCAAGGUCAUGCCUUACUCCAUGGGCUGCCACACUCCCCUGUCCAACUUCGAGGCCAACCAGAACUACAAGGAUACCGUGGACCCGGCCGUCACGGUCGGCCUGCGCCUGACCACCGGCAAGUUCGCCGGGCACCAGGCCCUUGCCUGGACCACCACCCCCUGGACUCUGCCUAGCAACCUGGCCCUUUGCGUCAACCCGGCGCUCAACUAUGUCGUGGUGACCGAGAAGAAGGGUAAGACCGUUGAGGGCCAGGAGCCUGAGGCUCCCAAGUCCUACAUCGUGGCGCACUCCUGUCUCGGGUCGGUCUUUGGCAACAAGCUCGACGAGUACACCGUCGGCGAGGAGUUCCUCGGUGAGGAGCUGGUCGGCUCGCGCUAUGAGCCCCUCUUCCCCUACUUCCGCGAGACGUAUGGCGAUCGCGCCUUCCGCAUUGUGUCGGACAGCUACGUCAAGUCGGACUCCGGUACCGGUAUCGUGCACCAGGCCCCGGCCUUUGGUGAGGAUGAUUACCGCGUGUGCAUGGAGCAUGGUGUCAUCCUCAAGGGGGAGGCCCUUCCCUGCCCGAUUGACGACACCGGUGCCUUCACGUCGGCCGUUCCGGAGUACGCCGGGCAGAAUGUCAAGGCCGCGGAUAAGGCCAUCAUCCGCGCCCUGACUGCCUCUGGCAACCUCUUCAAGAAUGUCCAGAUCACCCAUAGCUACCCCUUCUGCUGGCGCUCGGACACCCCGCUCAUUUACCGCGCCGUGCCCAGCUGGUUCAUCCGCGUGGAGGACCUGGUCGAGCGCCUGCUCAAGAACAACACCGACUCCUAUUGGGUCCCGGAGUUCGUGCAGACCCAGCGCUUCGCCAACUGGCUGCGUGAUGCUCGCGAUUGGGCUGUCUCGCGUAACCGCUUCUGGGGCACCCCCCUGCCGCUGUGGGUGUCCGAGGACUUCGAGGAGGUCGUUUGCAUCGGCUCGGUCGAGGAGCUCUUCGAGCUCUCUGGUGUCCGUGUCACCGACCUCCACCGCGAGAGCAUCGACCAUAUCACCAUCCCCUCCAAGCAGGGCAAGGGCGACUUGCGCCGUGUGACCGAGGUCUUCGAUUGCUGGUUCGAGAGUGGCAGCAUGCCCUACGCCCAGCAGCACUACCCCUUCGAGAACAAGGAUGUCUUCGAGGCCUCCUUCCCGGCGGACUUCGUGGCCGAGGGCCUGGACCAGACUCGUGGCUGGUUCUACACCCUGCUGGUCAUCUCCACCGCUCUCUUUGACAAGCCUCCCUUCAAGAACCUGAUUGUCAACGGCCUGGUUCUGGCCGAGGAUGGCCGCAAGAUGUCCAAGCGCCUGGCCAACUAUCCCGACCCCACCAAGGUCAUGGAUGCCCAUGGUGCCGAUGCCCUGCGCAUCUACCUGAUUGACUCGCCAGUCGUGCGGGCCGAGGUCCUGCGCUUCCAGGAGCGCGGUGUCCAGCGCGUUGUGCGCGAUCUCCUGCUCCCCUGGUACAAUGCGUACCGGUUCUUCGUGCAGAACGCCGACCGCUGGUCCACCGAGGCUGGCCGGCCCUUCGAGCAUGAUCCCUCCUCCAAGACGGCCCUCAAGCUCACCAACCUGACCGACCGUUGGGUCCUGGCGGCCACGCACAACUUGAUCAGCUUCGUCACCAAGGAGAUGGAGGCCUAUCGCCUGUACACCGUGGUGCCGCGCCUGCUGCGCCAUGUUGACCAGCUGACCAACUGGUAUGUGCGCCUGAACCGCCGCCGUCUGCGUGGUGAUGUCCUGGUGGCCGAGGAUGGGUCCACCAUGCCGGCCGACCAGGAGGACACCCUGACCGCUCUGCGGACCCUCUUCGAGGCGCUCUUCCUCAUGACCAAGAUGAUGGCCCCCUUCACGCCCUUCAUCGCGGAGAAGAUCUAUCAGAACCUGUACAAGUGCCUGCCCACCACCGAGGAGGAUGUGCGCUCGGUGCAUUUCACCUCCUUCCCCGUGCCGAACCCGGCCUACUUCGAUCCGGAGAUGGAGCGCGCCAUGGGCUCCAUGCAGCGCAUCAUCGAGCUGGGCCGUGUCAUCCGCGAGCGUCGGAAUGUCUCGAUCAAGAACCCCCUGCGCGAGAUGAUCAUCGUCGAUGCCGAUGCCUCUGAGGACUCGCCCCUGCGUGCCGACGUGGCCAUGCUCGAGGAGUACAUUCGCGAUGAGCUGAACGUCGUCCGGGUGCGCUUUGCCGAGCCCGGCGAGUUCAACCUCAACUACCAGGCCUCCGCCAAUGCCGCUCGCCUGGGUCGCCGUGUCGGCAGGUCCAUGCAGGAGAUCAUCAAGUCUGCCCGCGCGCUCCCCACCGAGGACAUCAAGAAGCUCCUGGCUGGCGAGAACAUCACCCUCCAUGGGCAUGAGCUGACCCCGGAGGACUUCACUCUGACCCUGCGCCUGCUGUCGUCCGAUGAGUCCGCUGCCGAGGGCUCGGUCGAUCGCGAGUCCAACAUGGAUGGCAACAUCGCCGUCUUGCUGGACCUGUCUCGCGACCAGCAGCUUGAGGACAUCGGUUGCGCCCGUGAGCUGGUCAACCGUGUCCAGCGCCUGCGCAAGGAGGCCCAGCUGUCUGUUUCGGAUGUUGUGCACGUUUGCCUGUCGCUCGAGGUUCCGGCCGCCGAGAAUGCGCAGGCUGCUGCUGCUGCUGCUGCGGCCCCGGCUGCCGGCGGCAAGCGCAAGAAGGCUGCCCCGGCCGCCGGUGUCUCCGCCGAGGAGAUGGCCGCCGACCGCGAGCAGCUUGUCCGCGUGCUGGCCGAGCAGCAGGCCUUCUUCGAGCGUACUGUCCGUAGCCGCAUCAUCACCCCGGACCAGGUUCCGGAGGCGGCUCUCCCGCACCAGAUCAUCACCGAUGUUGCGGAGAUCCGCUCCACCAAGUUCGUCCUGACCUUCUACCGCGCCGAUUAGAGGGCCUUAUGCCAGCUGCCUCCCCGGUUCUUCCCCUCGCCACCUGCCUUUCUCCUUCUCGUCGUUAUACACACACACACCCCUCCCCUCGCCUCUCAAUGUGAGAGCACCUGUUCUUUUCCCCUCGAGACCAAAUAUACUGUGUCGGUGCAAA